GUAAACAUUCACAUCGCAUCACCUUUUACAUCAACCAAAAAUGAAAAGACCAGACGCCGACAGACAAUGUAAAUGUCACCAAUGCUAUAUUCAAUGACCAGCCUAUUGUAGGCAGAAGCUCAUCAGCUGGGAGCAAAAGAAAAAAGAAAAAGAAAACAUGCCUUGCUGAAGCUUGGCUUUAACCUACUUGCUCCUAUAUCUUGGGCUCAUUUGCUCGCUGCUAGUCCCAUUGUGCUCCCUAGCUCCAUUACCUGCUACCUAUAUUUCUGGGUACCUAUUAAGGAACCUUACGCAUUUUGCCUGUCUAGCACAAGAUUCAAACUCGAGUUCAAACCAUGGGCAUCAAAGGCAUCUACCCAGAGAUCGGCCCUGGCGAGCGCAUCUCGCUCUGCAAGCUGGCCGUCCAGACCCUCGAAGAGAAGCGCCGCCCGCUGCGUAUCGCCAUCGAUAUCUCAAUAUGGCAGUUCCAGAUCCAGGCGGCCCGAGGCGGCGCCAACGCACCCACCCGCACGCUCUUCUAUCGGCUCGCCCGCCUACUUGGCCACUCGAUCCAGCCCAUCUUCGUCUUCGACGGCCCCAACAAGCCAGCCUUCAAGCGCAACCGCCGAUCUACCACCCGAGGCGGCGCAACCGGUGAUGUUGUAUCCAACGCCAUGGCCAAACGCAUGAUCCGCCUCUUCGGCUUCCAGUUCCACGAGGCCCCCGGCGAGGCAGAGGCCGAGUGCGCCCUUCUGCAGCGACGUGGAAUCGUUGACGCCGUACUGAGUGAGGACGUCGACACUAUAAUGUUUGGCUGCACUCGCACCCUCCGCAACUGGUCCUCCGAGGGUGUCAGGGGAUCCAAGGAGCCGACGCACGUAUCCAUGUACGACUCGGCAGCCAUCAAGGCACAACAUUCUGGCCUGGACAGGGAGGGCAUGGUUCUUGUUGCUCUGAUGAGUGGAGGAGAUUACAUCCCUCAAGGGGUCCCCGGGUGUGGCGUCAAAGUCGCCUGCGAAGCCGCUCGGGGCGGUUUUGGCCAUUCACUCUGUCGGAUUAAGAAGUCUGACAGCAGUGCGCUGGCUGAGUGGAAGGAGAAGCUACUGGCUGAGCUACGGGAUAACAAAAGCGGCUUCUUCAGGGUUCGCCACAGGGCAUUGGUUAUACCUGAUGACUUCCCGAGCAUCGAGGUAUUGAGAUACUACACCCAUCCAGUUGUAUCUCAAGACGAGACCUUGGAACACCUGGAGAAUUCCUUCCCCUCAAACAACAGUCUCGAUGUGCAAGGCCUACGACAAUUUGUUGCAGAGACCUUUGACUGGACUGGCAAGCUGGGUGCUAUCAAAUUCAUUAGGGUGCUUGCACCUAACCUUCUUGUGCAAAAACUCCUACAAACACCAUCAGCCGAGGAAACCGACAAGGAACACCUCGUAAAGGACAUAUCCAAGAGUCGUACCCACUUCACUACAGAUGGAACUAAGGAGGUUCGAGUAUCCUUUAUACCCACUAGCAUCGUUGAUAUCGACCUCGACAAGGAACCAGAAGAGAGCCUCGAAGCAUUCGGCCGCAGUGGAUUGGCUCUGAACAGUGACGAUGAUCUAGAGGAACUCGCGUUGGGCGGCAAUGCGGAGUCAGGGGCUGCAAAGUCAGGUCCCAAGAAGGUUUUCGACCCAACCCAACCAUGUUCGGAAUGGAUCCCGGAACUCAUUAUCCAGUUCGGAGCUCCGAAAGCCCUGAAGGACUGGCAUACAAGACUGGAAGCCAAGUCUGCGACGGCGCAAAAGGUGUCAAAUACCACGAGAACACGAAAAGCCAAGACCGCGACUAUUCAGCCAGGUGGCUUGGAUAAGUUUCUGACAGUCACCAAGAAGCCCUCUAGCAUUACAAAAACUGGCGUCACUUCUGAAUCACAAGCAAACUCUGGCCUCUCCGCGAUCAAGUUAGGCUCCGGAACGCAGAACCUCACAGCCACCAAGAUAAUUCAUACGGCCAGCGGCCAGUCGGCAGCUUCGGCGCGGAACAGCAGUAAGCAAAGCAAUACCACCAAUACCAAGAAACCAAAGGCCAAGUCGAGCACCACUCGUCAGGACCCUCCGCUGCCCUCCUCGCGCAAAGCUGCUGCGUCGAAACCCGCAUCCGCUACAACCAACCCGUGGACAAUAGCCAGCUCACAGCCCAAUCGUAGCAGGAACAGGCCCUUCCAUCGCACCAAUACAUAUCCCAAUGCUAGCCAUAUUUCCUCGCCCACGCCAUCCACCCCAGGCCCCGCACCUGAUGAGCAGCCGGUCUUUAUCUCAUCUAGUCCGCCCGUUGCUAGUCCGGAUCCUGAGGCGUCGCUGAACAACAAGAUAUGGUCGCCCGUGAAUGAUAAGAAGCACCCGCGUAGGUCGCCCGUGCCCGAGGACUCAUAUGAGCUUGAUCCCUUCUCCUCGGACUCUUCGCCGUGCGCGCCUAGCCCUUGUAAGCAGAGGUCGCCAACUGCAAAGCUGAGCCGGACGGAAUCGAGUGACAAGCAACGCCAGGUCACCCCGCCCACAACUGCCAGAGGCGCGGGGACGAGCGAUCCAGUCGCAUGGUCCAAGAGACUGGCAUCGGUUCUCGGCUACGCGGGAGAACCACGUUUGGAAUCGAGACCAACAGGUCUCCCGGCACAACAGGCCAGUGGGGGGUUUUCCGAUGGCGAGAGCGAGCUCGAGCCCAACCGACCGAAAUUCAUAAGCCCAUACUCGAUUGUGGAUCUCUCAGACAAUGAGGAUGAUGGGCAGCACACCAGCCGAUCCAGGCCCAUUUCGACGGCAAGCCUCAAGCACUCUCUUGACGAUAGAGAGUCAUCCAACCGUAGCACAGGUAUUCGACCAAGACUGCCUAUAGGAUCAUCCGUGGGAUCCCCCGAGCGCAUGUCAGGAUCCGCGCAAAAUUUCGAAGACGGAUUUCUGGAGGCAAUCCCCAAAAUCACCACGGCCGCCAACCCCAACACGACUAAAUUGUACAUACCGAGAAAGAGUGCCAUCGGGUUCAUAAGGGAGGUCGAGGUCUCAAAAGAGGAAGCUGACCGCCUUAUGAGGGAGCAGAGCGGAAGAGACGGCGGUGGGAGGAGUCGAAUGUUUCGCCGGAGCGAUAUAGCUUUCGUGGAUUUGACUGGAUCCUCGCCUUGACGAGCCCGGAUCGUCGUGUUUUCUUUUCUCCCGUAGUUUGGGGGACAUGUUCAUAUUAUAUACGCAUAGAUAUGACGAUUAUGACAGCAAUGAUAAUGACAACCAAAAGCAUGGGGACCA